AUGGGUGACUAUGAAGACCAACUAGCACAUAUAACUGAAAAAGUUAAUGAAGAUCUUACUGGACCUUUUCCCGGAGGGCCAUAUGAUCCUUCAAUUUUGAAGAGUUUUCAUUGUCACGCAGCAGCCAAAAUUUGGCAUAAUGAUGAACGUGGAAUACUUAAAUGCUUAAAUCAUGGUUUUAAAGUUGGAGAAUGGUCAUUCAACUUGGAAGAUAAUGAACAUUUCGGCCUUUGUGGAAAGAUGGCAGCCAGAGACAAUCAUCUACCAUUUGGUGAGAUGUCACCAACCUUAGAUGAUGUUAGUUUAAUUCUAGGGAUUCCAGUGAUUGGUAAAUCAGUCUCUUGUAAGAAGUUAUCAAAUGUUGACGCUGGAAAUCUUCUAGUUGAGGCUUUGGGGGUAACAAUAGAUGAGGCAAAUGUAGCGUUGAAGGUAGCACGAGGCCAGUCUAUCAAGGUAGAAUGGUUGAGACAACGGUUUAGGUCAACGUCUAAUGUGGACAAUGAUAAUACCAUUGAGUGUGCAGCUAGGGCAUAUUUGUUAUAUUUGUUAGGUUGUACCUUAUUUGCAGACAAGAUAGGCACACGUGUUCUGGUAGUGUAUUUUUCUUUUCUUAUGGAUUUGCGAUCGGUUGCUUCUUAUGCUUGGGGUGCAGCUACAUUGGCUUUUUUAUACCGGCAAUUGGGUACUGACAAGCUCAUUGACAGUGCCUUAAGCAUUUCACGUUCAAUGCUCGAAAUCGGAUAUAAUGAAGCAGCUCCCACCCGAGAUAUGUUACGCAAUGCUAUGAAGAAGAUAACACAAGUCUUGGAGGGCCAACAGUCCACUGAAGAACAUACACCAUCAGAGAACUUGGUGUACACUCGUCGCAGGAAGCAUGGAGCAACGUCUUAG